AUGGUCAAUAACUCCGAUGGUCGCGUGGAUAUAUCAGCUUACAAGAGCUUAACACCCUUUUCAUCUAUCAUCUCGCAACUCGCCGCAGAUGGCGGUCCCUUACCCCCGCAAGACCUUUCCCCGCACGAUAUCGUGAACAUCCAGUUUACGUCUGGAACCACAGCGAUGCCCAAAGCAGCUUGUCUUAGCCACCAUUCGAUCUUAAAUAACGGCUAUCAAAUUGGCGAUCGUAUGCUUCUCACAUCCAACGAUAUCGUCUGUUGCCCACCGCCGCUGUUCCACUGCUUUGGCAGUAUAUUGGGCUAUAUGGCGACAGCAACCCACGGCGCCGCUAUUGUGUUCCCGAGCGAGUCCUUCAAUGCCCGUGCAGCGCUCACGGCAGUUCAAGAAGAGAGAUGCACUGCGCUAUACGGUGUCCCGACUAUGUUUCUCGAAGAGCUGAGUUUGAUCGAGACAGGGGAAAUAUCCCGUGAAGGAUUCCAACAAUUGCGGACAGGUAUUGCUGCUGGAAGUAGCAUACCAUCGGAGAUAAUGAAAAAGUUACACCGGGUAUUGAAUCUGACGGAACUGACCAUCUGCUAUGGCAUGACGGAAACAAGUCCCGUGUCGGCCAUGACGACCACAGAUGACCCCAUUGAUAAACGCAUCAGCUCGGUUGGGAAGCUUAUGCCGCAUGUUCAAGCGAAGAUUGUGAAUCCAGAGAACAAGGGGGAAAUACUGCCGUUAGGGAGCAGGGGUGAGUUGGCUGUUGGCGGGUACCUUCUUAUGAAAGAGUACUGGGGCGACUCAGAGAAAACAGCGGAAGUGAUGAUCCCGGAUGAGACUGGUAAGGUGUGGAUGCAUACUGGAGACGAAGCUUCAAUGUCACCAGAUGGAUAUAUUACCAUCACUGGGCGAAUCAAAGACUUGAUCAUCCGAGGAGGAGAGAAUAUACAUCCCCUGGAGAUUGAGAACUGUUUGCUAGCAAACGAUGCUAUUUCCGAUGUUUCCAUCGUUGGAAUCCCCGAUGUGAGGUACGGGGAAGCUGUGGCUGCAUUUGUUGUACCCCGAGAGCACAGCGCAACCACCAUCACCGAAGAGAAGAUUCAGCAAUGGGUACGCGAGAAGCUGAGCAACCAUCUUGUUCCGAAGCACGUCUUCUUUUUGGGGCCAUUGGAGUCUUUCCCCAAGACAGCGAGUGGGAAAAUCCAGAAGUUCAAGCUGAGAGCGAGGGCUGUUGAGCUUUUGGCAACAAGUGCUGCAUGA